CCUCCUUUCAAUAACAACGUUUAACGAUGGCUGAUGCAACGACUGCUCCGACCGCGACUGCGACGCGCGUGUGCUCUGGCGCCGGGUGCGGCAAGCCCGCCAAGAUGCAGUGCCCGACGUGCCUCAAGAACAGCAUUGCAGGCGACAAGACCUUCUUCUGCGACCAGGACUGCUUCAAGCGCAACUGGGCUGCGCACAAGCUGGUCCAUCCCGCGGCGCCGCUCAACAACCCUUGGCCUGGGUUUGAGUUCCGUGGACCCCUUCGCCCGUACCCACAGACGCCGAUGCGCACCGUCCCUUCGCACAUUCCGCCGCCGGAUUACUCAGUGUCAGGCAUCCCUGAAAGCGAGCGUCGCGAGCCCCAGUCCUCCAUCGCUACUCCGUUGAGCCCUGAGCGUAUUGCCAAGAUGCGUGUUGCCUGCCGACUGACGCGCGAGGUGCUUGAUAUCGCGGUGGCUGCUGUUCGUCCAGGCGUCACAACCGACGAGAUUGACCGCAUUGUUCACGAGGCCACCGUUGCUCGCAACGCCUAUCCGUCGCCUCUGAACUACCGCAACUUCCCCAAGUCGUGCUGCACAUCUGUCAACGAGAUCAUCUGCCACGGCAUCCCCGAUCUCCGCCCGCUGCAGGAAGGCGACAUUAUUAACAUUGACGUCUCGGUGUACUAUGACGGCUUCCACGGAGACCUCAACGAAACUGUUUUCGUUGGCAAGGUGGACGCUGCUUCCGAGACUCUUGUGCGCAACUCUUGGGAGUGUCUGGAGAAUGCCAUUGCAAUGGUCAAACCUGGUGUUGCUUUCCGAGAUUUGGGCAAUGUCAUUUCCAAGACGGCCCACGCUGCCAACCAUUCCGUUGUCCGCACGUAUGUCGGCCACGGCAUCAACGAGCUCUUCCACACCAACGCUCCAGUGAUUCCGCACUACGCUAAAAACAAGGCGCCCGGCGUGAUGAAGGCUGGGCAUGUGUUUACGAUCGAACCCAUGAUUAAUGCUGGUUCCUGGCAAGAUGUUACCUGGGGCGACGAGUGGACUUCGAGCACAGUCGACGGCAAGCGCUCGGCCCAAUUCGAGCACACGCUUCUCGUUACGGAAACCGGCGUCGAGGUGCUGACUGCCCGACCACACACCACCAAGCCACACUUUUACGACCAGCUAGAGGCGCAGAAGGCUGAGGCUGCAGCCAAAGCAUAAGGCUCGAGACUGGUCGUUGUUGGAAACAGGAUUUGUGAUCAUUAAAAGCCCCAACAACACAAUGUAAC